AUGGCCUCCAAACAACUUACAAAUACUGGUGUUCAGUUAGGUGAUGAAACUCAUCCAUUGAAUUCAACAUCCAGUGAGAUCAUACAAAAGAAUCCAAUUUUGUACUCACUUCUCACAAUGAGUGACGAAGAAUUUAACACAGAAUAUCGAUCGCGAGAAAACGAUGCAGCUGCUAAUUUCAAGGCUCAGUCAUCACAGCACAGUUCCAACGAAUCAACAAGUUCGACUAGUACAAAGACUUCGAAUAAACGCAAAGCUAUGGCUAAUUUUGACGAUCAAAGUUUGAUUGAAGAGGAGGUAUAUUGCAAUGUGACCUGGGAUACGAUUCUCUGUUGGCCUGCGACAGAGGCAGGCGUUACUAUACGCCUUCCUUGCCUACCAUUGCCAAGGCUGGGUCCGGAAAAGUUCGGAUACAGGACCUGUGGUCCGAACGGCAGAUGGGAGGGGCGAUUUCCGGGAGACACAAGCAUGCCUAUUGGGUUCAGCAACUACACGACAUGUUAUACUCCAGAGUCUAUGGACAUAUAUAACAAGUUUUUCCUCAACAAACCCCCCGCUCAGGCCCAGAUGAUCAAAGACUCAAUUAGCGCCGUGCGGACGAUGAAAGUUGUCGGUCUGUGGGUGUCUUUUGUCUCAUGCCUUCUGGAACUCUUUUUUUUCUUUUAUUUUAGAAGUUUACGUUGUCAUCGCACACGUAUCCAUCGCAACCUGUUUGUCUCGAUCAUCGUGCAAGUGUUCAUACGUCUGUUAGCCUACGUGGACCAGUACAUCGCCCGGGCCCAGAGUGGAGAGAUAGCAGGGUCGCCUAGCGGAUCUAGCGGCGCCAUCUAUGAUACUUAUGCGUUGUUGGAGUACACCAAGACGGUACAGUUCAUGUGGAUGCUUAUAGAGGGCAUGUACCUGCACAACCAGAUAGCAGUCUCCGUGUUCUCGAAGAAAGCCAAUUACGUCGUGUUUUACUCUAUGGGAUGGGGUGUCCUGAUUCCGUUAACUGUCGCAUGGUGCGUUACACCGGCACUUACAAACAAAAAUAAGCGGGGCUUACCAGUAGGCGUUGCCAGACCGCUGAUCAUUACAGUGAGUGCGCGUAUACGCUUCGGUGAAAAGGCGUACUACAGGUCGUGA